AACCCGAUACAGUGUACUCGCUACGAGCUCAAGAACAACAACAGUGUGUACUGCAAACAGUAAACUGCAGUCAUUGUUUACACUGAUUUCACCUCGUUAUUUUUGACAGAGAGCACUUGUUUUCGUCUGUAAAUAGAGCUCACUGAUAGCUGAUUUACCGCUGUGUCUCAGACGGGAUGGUUUACUUUGUAAGCUGUUAGAUCACAGAAUUUGUAUUUUCUCGUAAGACGCUGGUGAAACUCAACACAAUGAAGUCAGAUAUUCCAUACGAAAAGAUGGUUGACGUGGAGCUAAGCAGAGGAGAAACACAUCUUGGCUCACAAAAGUAUUACAGGUGUCUGAUCAUCCUCACCAGUGUAACCACAGUAUUGUUGAUACUCCUGUCACUCCAAAGCCUGCUUGUUCCCACGACAACAUCCUCCUCCUCCAAAUCAUCUGGACGGCAGGAGCAUUUUCUAAUAAGAGAAACCUGUACUGAUCCCUGCAGGAUUGUUUUAGUGGAGAGUAUUCCUGAGGGACUGGUGUUUAACUCCUCAACCACUCACCAGUCCAUAUAUGAAGCCUGGCUCAACCUUAUAUCUGGUGCUCAAAGCAGUCUGGACAUCGCCUCUUUUUACUGGACUCUGACCAAUGAUGACACGCACACACACGAGGCCACGGCUAAUCAGGGUGAGCAGAUUCUGCAGGAAUUAGGGCAGCUCUCGGGGAAAGUGUCUGUCCGCAUUGCAGUCGAUAAACCAUCGGAAAGAAAACCCAUGGAUGACAUUAAGUUCCUGACUGAUUCCGGAGCUGAUGUGCGGAUGGUGAAUAUGCGAGAGCUGACGUCAGGUGUUCUGCAUACUAAAUUCUGGAUCGUGGAUAAGAAGCACAUUUACAUAGGAAGUGCUAAUAUGGAUUGGAGGUCACUAACGCAGGUAAAGGAGUUGGGUGCGGUUGUGUAUGACUGCAGCUGUCUUGCUAAGGAUCUCGGGAAGAUCUUCGAGGCUUAUUGGUACCUGAGUCAGACCAAGACUGUCCCUGCACAGUGGCCUGAAAAAUACUCCACCCUGUACAAUAAGGACACACCCAUGCAGCUGUCACUCAAUGGGACCGAUUCCAGCGUCUAUCUAUCAAGCUCUCCUCCUUCACUGUGCGCUGAAGGCCGGACUCCAGACCUGCAGUCAGUCCUCAGUGUGAUUGCUGAUGCCCAGCAGUUUGUCUACAUUGCUGUGAUGAACUAUCUGCCCACUAUGGAAUACUCCAGUCACAAAAGGUACUGGGCAGAUAUUGAUACCCAGCUGCGGCGUGUGGCUUAUGAGCGUAGUGUUCGUGUGCGUCUGCUGAUCAGUUGUUGGGACAGCACCAACCCCAUCAUGAUCCCUUUCCUUCGCUCACUCGCUUCCUUACAGGACAAGAGCAAGCUGGACGUUCAAGUGAGGCUUUUUACUGUGCCUACCAACCCUCGACAGAAACAAAUUCCCUAUGCCAGAGUCAACCAUAACAAGUACAUGGUGACAGAUAAAGUUGCUUACAUAGGUACAUCCAACUGGUCAGGUGACUACUUUGUGAACACAGCUGGAUCUGCAUUAGUGGUGAACCAAACUUCAGCUCAGUCCAUAAGCCCUACAGUCCAGGAGCAGCUGCAGGCAGUGUUUGAGAGAGACUGGGAGUCUUCGUACAGCACUGACAUCAACCACAGAACCAAUCGCAAAGACAUUUGCUAGGCACAGCUCUGCCUGUGCUGUGGCCUUCACACUGCAGGGGGCGCUGGAGAGCGCAAAACACUGUUCAAUUUGCUGGUGGAUGGUAUUCUGGGCAUGUAUAGUGUAGAGUUAAGCACCAUUUCUGGACUCCGCUUUCCGGACUAUCUUACCAUGAGCUACUUUUGCACUCAUAAAAACAUUUUUUCAAAAACAAUUAUGCCACUCUGACCAGCUGCAUAUAUUUUGCACAGAAUGUUUUUAAAUAACAUGCAAUACCUCUUAACAAAAACACCUUCCUUUUAAUUGUUAACCUAGUUUCUCAGGAAAAAUCAUUGAUUCAGUAUGUCAAUCAUAGCUUCUUUCUCCUUCUAAAGUGAUUUCAUAAUUGCUGCAUUUAAAAAAUCAUCUCAACAGUAUUCAUGUUUUUUAAAAAUCAGAUCCAACUCAUUCAAGAAACUUAUUAUGGGAUUAAUAACCGGUCUGUUGUCAUGAUUGUCUCCGAAGGCAUUCUUGCAUGUCUGAACGCAAUUGAUGUCUUGUCCUCCCAGCAGAGUUUUUACUUCAGGAUUUGCAGGGGGUUUUUAAUGAUUUCUUUAAAUCUGGAAGUGAAAAUGUCAUGGCGUUCAUGAUGACGAGUCAUUUCCAGACAUGUUUAUCAUUUAUAAAGAGGAAUAGUGAGCAAUAAUGAGGGAUGUGUGAGUCGUUUUUAAACUUUAACUUUUUUUAAUUUUGAAAAUAAGCACACUUUAUUGGCUGUGAACAUUAAAACAUUUUUUGGGAACUGUGUGUUUUAUGAAAGUGUAAACUGUUACAAAUAAACAAACACUUGAUAUAA